CCUGUGGCGCUGGAGAGCGGGAAAGGGUCACGCCGUGCAGAAGGGCCUAUAUUUCCCACGGGGAGACGGGAGCGGCAUCAUGAAGCGGGGAGUGGGCCUGGGUGCAGCAGCCCCUGCAAGCGGGGGAAGGACCGGGAAAGUGCUACGAGCCCUGGAAUGUUAUGCACCUAUAUAUAUUUAAUAUAUAUUAAAAAUCAUUUUUUUAAAACCCACGGAGGGUGCUUCUGAGCAUGGACAGAGAACGUAUUUCUUACACUGCUGUGUGGAGUUAAAAGGGCGUCUCUGAACAUGAGCAGAGUGCCGGUCUCUCAGUGAAGGGAGGGUAUUUCUGCGCCUGGAAGGCAAGGGGGAAACGACCCGUUUUAUCACUGAGCGUGCCUGUCUACUAAAACAAUUUCAUUCAGUACUGCUAAACUCGGAAAUAUGGAAGUGAGUGCUUCUAGUCAUGUUUGAUCUGCACGUUAAGCAUUUCUGGCUGUGUGCCCCUGCGCAGAGGCACAUUUUAAUCCCGUAGCUGCGAUGCUUUGGAGGAGACACAACCUUAUUGCAAAGAGGAAUGACGGUUUGUUAAGGUCUGAGUAGCAGGUCAUGUUUAUGGCUGGGGCAAUUAAGCAAAACUUGAAACCUGGGGCUCUCUGGAGUUGUGUUGAAAGAUGUACACAGUGACCUGCAUCUAAGGGAUAUAUUCUCAGUAUUGCCUAUGUGUGCUUUUCCCUGUCAGGUACUGGCCAGCACUGUGAAUUCUGUCUUUGUUGAGGUGUUUACAUGCUAAUUGCACCUAGGUGUCUAGGAAAAUUCUUUGUUUUAUUUGAGAACUAGGUCAUGCAAGUAUGUCUAAAAUUCAGAAAACUUUUUUUAAAAAAGUGUUAGUAUUGUGGGAUAGAGAAGCAAAAGAAAAUGUCUCUUUGGUGGAUUACUCCCUGCUGGAAAUGGAUCAUUCAUUUUGCUUGUUCGGUAUUCUGCUUCAAUGGGUGUUGAGCCUACUAAGCGUGUGUGUCCUGCAGUUUCUUCUUCAUACAGAAACAAUUUUCUUCUGUGGCAAUUCUAGGAGUUACGUAGGUAACUGCACCUAUGUUUUCUGGGAAUUUGUUUUUGAGUAAGAAAUUUUAUGACAAAAAGCAGUGGUCACUCUGGUCAUAGUGCUUGCCCCAGCUGUCUGAAACUAUGCUGAAGGACUGAAAGGAAAGGAUGAGUUUUUGUAGUAUAACACAUUGGAAUGCAUUUGAGUUAUAGAAUAUGCCCUUUUCAUCCCAAUACAUACAUACAUACAAAGUGACUUAGAGGUUAAGUUUCUUCCUUCCUCCAAAGCAGAAGGUGUAGUGUAAUGUGGUCUGCAACCCACUUUGCCAAAACUGUUCUUGGAAGGACAGGUUUUGAUGACAGGACUGGAAGUAUGUCAUAUAUGUUCACAGUGAAAGGAUUUUGGUAACUGCCCACAAAGGUUUAUCUUUUGGUACAGAUGUCAUGUUUCAGUUUUUGGUUAAAAAAUGAAUUAUAUAAUUAAUAUCCUUUGAGAGUCUAAUGAACACAUCUUCCAUUAUGAUGACGGGGCUGCUAAAUCAUCAGAAGAGCUCUCUGGGUUGUGACUUAGCAAAGUUUUACCUUCCGUGGUAAUUAUAGCUGGAGCUAUCCACUGUGUCACUCUUUUUUUAAUGACAGAAGGAAGAAUUAUAGUGAGUGGAAGAUAGAUGACAUAUUUUUCAUAAAAUCAAGUUCCAAUUUAUCUUUUUCUGUGGAAGGAUAUUGUAAUAUUUUCCCACCCUUGUUGUUAGAUGCUUUUUCUUCUGUCUUUAAAAACUAUUUUUCCAAAGCAGCUCACAAAACAGGAAAUAUAAAUAAAUAAAAAUUACAGUUUCGCACAGCAAAAACAGCAGUAUAAAAAUCUAAUCAGCAAAAAACCAACCAGUCCUAAAAAGCCUGACAAUAAAAACAAAUUCUAAAAGGCCAUCUAAAAAUGGGAAGGGAGUGGGCUUGUAGGAUUUCCCUGGGAAGAGAGCUGCACAGUCAUGUCACCACCACCAAGAAGGACCUUUCUCUACCCACCAAUCUGAAUUUUAACUAAUGACAGGAGGGCCUCUGAUGCUAACCUUGGGGCUCAGGGCAGGAAAGCCUCCACCCGGGUUGCACCUGGAUGUAGUCAAAGGAGACAAACUUAUUGAGAAACUGAUCAUUGAUGAAAAGAAAUACUAUCUCUUUGGGAGAAACCCUGACCUGUGCGACUUCACCAUUGAUCACCAGUCAUGCUCUCGGGUCCAUGCUGCCUUAGUCUACCACAAACACCUGAAGAGGGUUUUUCUUAUAGACCUCAACAGCACACAUGGCACGUUUUUGGGUCAUAUUCGUUUGGAGCCUCAUAAGCCACAGCAGAUUCCCAUUGACUCUACGGUUUCCUUUGGUGCCUCCACAAGGGCCUAUACUCUGAGGGAAAAACCUCAGACGUUGCCCUCUGCAGUAAAAGGAGAUGAGAAAAUGACCAGUGAGGACGACGAGCUCAAGGGUUUGCUUGGACUUCCAGAAGAGGAGACAGAAUUAGAUAACCUGACAGAAUUCAACACAGCCCAUAAUAAGAGGAUCUCCACGUUAACUAUAGAAGAAGGAAAUUUGGAUAUCCAGAGACCAAAAAGAAAACGAAAGAAUUCCAGAGUAACAUUCAGUGAUGACGACGAAAUCAUCAAUCCAGAGGAUGUGGACCCUUCUGUUGGACGCUUCAGAAACAUGGUACAGACUGCAGUUGUCCCAGUGAAGAAAAAGCGGAUGGACAACUCCGGUUCCCUGAGCGCGGAUGAGUCUGCCACGCGGCGCAUGCAGAACUUUCCCUAUAGCGGAGGAUUGUACGGCGGCUUGCCUCCCACUCACAACGAGACAGGCGCCCAGGCCCAUAGCAUUCACGGCACUGCGCUCAUUGGAGGCCUGCCAAUGCCCUAUCCUAAUCUUGCCCCGGAUGUGGACUUGACUCCGGUUGCACCCUCAACGGUCACCAUGAACCCAGCUCCAAACCCUGCUGUCUUUAAUCCCGAAGUUGUGAAUGAGCCCAAGAAGAAGAAGUAUGCAAAAGAAGCUUGGCCGGGCAAGAAACCUACCCCUUCUCUCUUGAUCUGAGGAGCAGAGCUUGAUCUGUCCUGGGAGACAGGAGCACAACCAGCCAGAGUGGACAAAAAACUCUUCCAAGUGCAGCAUCCACAGCUUUCAGAAUCGGGGUCCUAACUGUGUGUCAUAGCCAGGUUACAGGGGUAAGCUCCCCUACAAAACCAACCUCUGGAAGAACUCUACAGGCAUCUAGAAAAGAGAGGUGUUCUCCCCCCCCCCCCAUCUGCGGAACCACACUGCCUAACAGCCUUUUCUUCUUUUACUCAACCCUGGUUAUUUUUAUCCUAAGGUUAUUCAUGAAUUUAAG